AUGCCUUGCAGCCGAAAGUGCUUGGUGUUGCUGACCCUGGCCCUGACGAGUCGUGCAGAGGACGCUGCUGGUCAUUUGCGAGGCCCUUCGAAAGAGGAUGCCCCUGCGACCCCUUCGGCCCCUGCUGACCAUGGGCUGACUGAGUUGGUCAGGUUGAUUGAGUUGCCGGAUGCGAGCGGGUUGCCAGACACCCCAGGGCCAUACAAAGAAGUGCCAAGUGAUGCUGAUGCCGGAAAGCCAACAGCUGCUGUGAAGGAAUGGAGGUCCAAAGUUCCCAAUGCCACUCAUGGCAGUUUGGGCAGCUUGGUCUCGUUGCAAGCUUGGCAGGAUUAUCAGUUCUGCAAUGUUCACCAGACAGGUUUCUUCUGCGAUGGCCUCACUCGCAUUCGUUGCUGCAAGUUGGAGGAUGGCUAUGCCAAGUGUGGUUCAGCGGCAAACUCAAGCACUUGCGGAGCUGAGAAGCCAGAGAAGUCUGAGCAGCCUAAGCAGCCUGAGUCUUCCAAGCAGAAGGCCCUUUGGUUUUAUCCUCCAGCUGGGUACCCUGCAUAUCCCGGAUAUCCCGGUGGCAGCGGUGGCUGGCACAUUCACCAGGGCUGGCAUGUCAGCACCGUGACCAUCCCCAUCAGAUGCCUUGCCACGACGAUCUGCUCAAGUAAUUUGUUGUUCGGUCCGCUGUGCCUGUGCCAUUCAUCUCAGUGUGUCGCCAUGCCUUGCAGCCGAAAGUGCUUGGUGUUGCUGACCCUGGCCCUGACGAGUCGUGCAGAGGACGCUGCUGGUCAUUUGCGAGGCCCUUCGAAAGAGGAUGCCCCUGCGACCCCUUCGGCCCCUGCUGACCAUGGGCUGACUGAGUUGGUCAGGUUGAUUGAGUUGCCGGAUGCGAGCGGGUUGCCAGACACCCCAGGGCCAUACAAAGAAGUGCCAAGUGAUGCUGAUGCCGGAAAGCCAACAGCUGCUGUGAAGGAAUGGAGGUCCAAAGUUCCCAAUGCCACUCAUGGCAGUUUGGGCAGCUUGGUCUCGUUGCAAGCUUGGCAGGAUUAUCAGUUCUGCAAUGUUCACCAGACAGGUUUCUUCUGCGAUGGCCUCACUCGCAUUCGUUGCUGCAAGUUGGAGAAUGGCUAUGCCAAGUGUGGUUCAACGGCAAACUCAAGCACUUGCGGAGCUGAGAAGCCAGAGAAGUCUGAGCAGCCUAAGCAGCCUGAGUCUUCCAAGCAGAAGGCCCUUUGGUUUUAUCCUCCAGCUGGGUACCCUGCAUAUCCCGGAUAUCCCGGUGGCAGCGGUGGCUGGCACAUUCACCAGGGCUGGCAUGUCAGCACCAUGACCAUCCCCAUCAGAUGGCUUGCCACGACGAUCUGCUCAAGUAAUUUGUUGUUCGGUCCGCUGUGCCUGUCCCAUUCAUCUCAGUGUGUCGCCAUGCCUUGCAGCCGAAAGUGCUUGGUGUUGCUGACCCUGGCCCUGACGAGUCGCGCAGAGGACGCUGCUGGUCAUUUGCGAGGCCCUUCGAAAGAGGAUGCCCCUGCGACCCCUUCGGCCCCUGCUGCCCCUGGGCUGGCUGAGUUGAUUGAGUUGCCGGAUGCGAGCGGGUUGCCAGACACCCCAGGGCCAUACAAAGAAGUGCCAAGUGAUGCUGAUGCCGGAAAGCCAACAGCUGCUGUGAAGGAAUGGAGGUCCAAAGUUCCCAAUGCCACUCAUGGCAGUUUGGGCAGCUUGGUCUCGUUGCAAGCUUGGCAGGAUUAUCAGUUCUGCAAUGUUCACCAGACAGGUUUCUUCUGCGAUGGCCUCACUCGCAUUCGUUGCUGCAAGUUGGAGAAUGGCUAUGCCAAGUGUGGUUCAGCGGCAAACUCAAGCACUUGCGGAGCUGAGAAGCCAGAGAAGUCUGAGCAGCCUAAGCAGCCUGAGUCUUCCAAGCAGAAGCCCUUUGGUUUCAUCCUCCAGCUGGGUACCCUGCAUAUCCCGGAUAUCCCGGUGGCAGCGGUGGCUGGCACAUUCACCAGGGCUGGCAUGUCAGCAGCUAUUGCCAAUCGCAUCAUGUGGGCUCCUUUUGUCGCAGUCACAGUAUUAUCCACUGCUGCAGCGAUUUUGGGCACUAUGUAGAGUGCAACUCUGCAUUCUCUGAUAGCGGCCGCUGGUGUUAGUCACUUUAGGUUUUGAAUGGUUUUGAUAUGUCUUGACAUGUCUUGAUAUGUCUUGAUCUCUGUUUUGAAUGGUUUUGAUAUGUCUUGAUAUGUCUUGAUCUCUGAUUGAUGUCUGAUUUUGCAAUUGACUGGAUUGUAAAGUUCAGAGUUUAGUCCUUUGCAAGUCUCUUGCGCCUUUUGAGCACCGACCUUGCAGCUGUACAGCACCUGUUAGUCGGUGGUUUUCUGUCACCUGAAGGUGAACCUGGGAGAAGGAUGAAGAAGGAACAUGUUC